CUGAAUGGGGGAGGGGCAGUGCAGGCAGCAGCGGAAACCAGACAUUAGAGAUAAGAGUCUGCACAGCUAUAUGCAACAGUCUUUCACUGCAGCUGAGCGAGUUGUGGCUGUCAGAAUGCUCCUGUGACAGGGGACUGUCAGGCUCCAUUUCUAAUCUUUGUCAUCUUGCAAGAAUGAAUCCCACAAUGCCUUGGGCAUUCUGUCCACAGUCUGCUUGCCUCUGGAAAAAAAUGUGAGAGGUUGGUACUAAGAAGUGCCUUUCCUGACGUCUCUGCUGCUUGGAACCGCUUCUAGAGCAGUCUCUGCUUUUUGCCUUGCUUGCUGCCAGCUAGACUGCGACGACAGCACAUCCACCCUCCACCUCUAGCCCAGACACCCCCAUUUCUACUUAUAAUCAAGAGAAAAGCUCUAAGUAUCAGGCAUUGCCCUAGGCUGCUUUAGUAUAAAAAUAAGUUGGCUGAAAAAGUAAGAUAUCUUCUGCCAGGAAAUCAAGGAGAGGAAAAAAAAUUCUCGAUUGUUGCUCUAAACUGCUGCAUCUGUCUAUGCCAAACUAAUCAAUACCGAUUGCACCACAAAACUCGGUUGCAAAUUCAGCUGUGUUGGAGAUUACCUUUCAGAUAACUGUACUGAAAGCAGCUUGGAAAUUCUGUGUCAAAGGGUCUGCCACGUUUUCAUGCUUGCAUUUUGGGCUCCAAAUUGGCACUCAGAAUGGGUUAUUGAGAGCACAAGGCUAGUUUCAAGCCACACUUUUUAACAUUCAUCUUACUUAUGAACCUAGCAUUUCUUUAAGUACAAAACCUGUUUCAAUUAGCAUUUUCAUGCUGUGAAUUUCUAGUUGGAAACCUUUUCUUUGAUAUUGUGACAACACAAUUUUACAUGUACUUUUAAAGUAGAGAGUGGGGGGGAAAGUAUUUUGGAGGUGACAUUUUCAUCAUUUCCAGUCUAUCAGUUUGGCUGUUUGUUUGUUUGUUUCACUGAAAAUUUAAACUACCUGUAAAAAUCUAAACAUGGCUGUUAGUGUCACACCGAUUCGGGACACAAAAUGGCUAACACUGGAAGUGUGUAGAGAGUUCCAAAGAGGGACUUGCUCACGGCCAGACACGGAAUGUAAAUUUGCACAUCCAUCGAAAAGCUGCCAAGUUGAAAAUGGACGAGUAAUCGCCUGCUUUGAUUCAUUGAAAGGUCGAUGCUCAAGGGAGAACUGCAAAUAUCUUCACCCACCCCCACAUUUAAAAACACAAUUGGAGAUAAAUGGACGCAAUAACCUGAUUCAGCAGAAGAACAUGGCCAUGUUGGCCCAGCAAAUGCAACUAGCCAAUGCCAUGAUGCCUGGUGCCCCAUUACAACCUGUGAACUAUAUGCCUCAGUCAUUCCAAAAAAGAGGGGGGGAGGGAUCUCCAUAUUACAUCGACAUUGAUACCAAUUAUCAAUACCAAACAUUCAAGCCAAUGUUUUCAGUUGCACCAAGUUUAGCCACCAAUGCAUCAGCAGCCUUUAAUCCUUACCUGGGGCCUGUCUCCCCAGGCCUGGUCCCAGCGGAGAUCUUACCAACUGCACCGAUGCUGGUUGCAGGGAAUCCUGGUGUCCCCGUUCCCGCAGCUGCCGCUGCUGCCGCACAAAAAUUAAUGAGGACAGACAGACUGGAGGUAUGUCGAGAGUACCAGCGUGGCAAUUGUAACAGAGGAGAAAAUGAUUGCCGGUUUGCUCAUCCUGCUGACAGUGCAAUGAUUGAUACCAAUGACAACACGGUGACUGUCUGCAUGGAUUACAUCAAAGGAAGGUGCUCACGGGAAAAGUGCAAAUAUUUUCACCCUCCUGCACAUCUGCAAGCCAAGAUCAAGGCUGCCCAGUACCAGGUUAACCAAGCUGCAGCUGCCCAAGCAGCAGCUACUGCAGCUGCCAUGACUCAGUCGGCUGUCAAAUCACUGAAGCGACCCCUCGAGGCAACCUUUGACCUGGGAAUUCCUCAAGCUGUACUUCCCCCAUUACCAAAGAGGCCUGCGCUUGAAAAAACCAAUGGUGCCACCGCAGUCUUUAAUACUGGUAUUUUCCAGUACCAACAAGCUCUUGCCAACAUGCAGUUACAACAGCAUACAGCCUUCCUUCCACCAGGCUCAAUAUUGUGCAUGACACCCGCUACAAGUGUUGUUCCCAUGGUGCACGGUGCUACGCCAGCCACUGUGUCUGCGGCAACAACAUCUGCCACAAGUGUCCCCUUCGCUGCAACAGCCACAGCCAACCAGAUACCCAUAAUAUCUGCCGAACAUCUGACUAGCCACAAGUAUGUUACACAGAUGUAGACAUUUUCUCAUCAAACAAUCAUACUAAAGAGAAAAGGACAGUGUGCUUGGAUAGCGAAAAGGACACGAGCAUUAGCCAUAAUGUAUAUACCGUCAGGCCACAUACAUGACUCCCUCAGCAGUAAGACAUCCACAUACUGCAUGUUAACAAAAUGAAACAACAACUUGGAAAUCCACUGCACACUGUUGCCUAUAUACUUUGUACAUUUAAUUGAUAUUUGUGCUGAGGUGAUCUUACUGUCUAAAUCUACAACAUUGUCUAUCUUUUCUAGCACAGAGGUAUGCCUAUAUAUUUCAAUAUGCAUACAUAGUCUAUUUCCUACAUAAUCAUGUAUGUCAUCUUGAAAAGACAGACUAUGAUGUAAUCAUAAAUCUAUUAUGUAUUGGUACGUCUAUAGACCAAGAUAUAAUUUUUUAAAGUAAGUUUAUUUCUUUCAAGGUUUACAAAUAACAAAGGUGCACCUUGUAUUUAAAAUUGCCAUUAUAGAUGAGAGCGUGCAUGCACAGUAAUUUUUGUUUUAAGAGUAAUAUUUUUAAUGUAAUAGAUUGUAAGAAGUGGUAAGGGAGGUAUCUGACAGAUGAAUGUGCCAAGCAAAACCACAACUGUGUAUAUUUUAAAGCACAUCAAUGGCUUUAAGUACCAUGUUGUUAAGGAUUCUCAUGAAGUGCCAUAGACUGUACAUUAAAUUAGAGUAUUAUUUCUGCAGUGUUAUUUUCAGAGCCACAUUUUUGCUUAUGUUGUUAGUACCGUUCAGUCAAAGGCACCAUUCUGUUUCAAAACCAAAGCUGUCUCAGAAAUGGCCAAUUCUACCUUAUCAUAAAAAUAGACAAGAGAAAAACAAACUAUCAGUACAGAUUAAUUCAACACAUACCGGGACAUAUAAAUAUAUAUAAAAACUAUCUUAAACCAUUGUAGUAUAAUAUUUAUUCAUAUUAUACUGAAAUAUCUCAGUAUACAAAAGGGAAAAGCCAUUUCUGAGACACAAUAAAAAUAUUUGAGGAACUUAUUUUGCGUCUAUUUAUAGACUCUCAAAAGUCAAAAGACUAUAAAUGUUUGCAAAGAGAGGUUACAAUUUUGCCUAAAAUGUUUCAUCAAAGUCACACUUCAAAAUAGUGACUCUAAACAAAGAAGAAAGAAGCACUGACAUCAGAUGCAUGAUAAACCAAAAUAUGAAAAAAACUGAGAUGUUAAUUAGCAUAGAAAUUGGGUGGGUUAAAUACCUGGGUGAGUUUUAUGUGACUUUUUUUUUGUUCAGAUUAACUGCUUAUAGCCUUAGAAAGCCUUUACAAAAUAAUAAUAAAAAUAGAUGUGCAUUCAAGUUUUUAAGAAUGGAUUCAUCCAAAGGAAUUCCUUUUUGUGGUUUGGAUGUUGCAGUUAAUAAAGGAUAUUUUUGCUCUGUUCAGCAAACUGCUGAAGUGGGGGCCAGGUCACUGGUAGAAUAGCAUGGAUUGGAAGAAGUGAGAGUUCAGUUCUAGAACUUUCCAUACUUCCUAGUUUACUUCAAGUUUUUAUGCUUGAGAGAGAUGCUUUCUAGUAUAAGAAUGAUGUGUUGAUUUUACUGAUUGUACUGUACAUCUAUUAAAGCCUUAGAUUAUUACAUUACGGGUUGAAACCCAUACCAAUGUAAUUUCAAUCGUGUUAAGAAAGUAUAGAUGACUUCACAUGUUAUUGUAGUCACUUACAUUAUAGACUAUUACUUAUUUUUCUUGUUAAAAUUUAGUUUUUAUUUCUUACAUUUAUUAGAUCAUUUUCAUUUUCUAUUACCAGUUGAAUACCAUUUCAGUUUGUAGAAUUUUGUUUUAUUAGAUUUUACUGAUGACUUUUUCAAAAUACAAAAAAAAUAAAAAAAUUAAAAUGUAGUUUUAUUCUUCAUAACAUAUUCAGUUUUGAACUUACAUGUAGUGUCAUGAGUAUUUGUAUUAUUGUUAACUAAAUGAUUUAUAUUUUACUGAUUUAAUAUUACAAUGUAAGAACGUCAGUCAUUGUUAGUUCUUGUCUAGUUUUCAUUAAAAGAACAAAGAUCUUUUAUAUGGAUAUCUUAUAAUUAUAUAAUCAUUGCUAAGUAAGAAGUUCAGUUGUUGCUAUCGCAACAAUCCUGGCAGACAAUUGAAUAAUAUUUUGAUGAUUUAUUUUGUUUGUAAUUAGUUAUUAUAAGAAAAUCUAGUUCCUAGAUAUUAGAAUAAAAUUUAUUUUCUACUGUAUCCAUUUCAAAUGUUAAAAUAUUGUUUAAAUAUUUUUUGAAAUCCCUGAAUAUCAGGCCUUGUUAUAAAUAAGCUGCAUAAUCAAUAGAUCAAGGGACUUUUUGUUGAUAAUCCAAAUACUCAAAGUUUACGUAACAAGAAUUAAAGUGUGUGUGCAAACUCUUGAGGGUUGAUUAUGCUGCAGUUUAGCAUGUGGGAACGUAUAGAGAGAAGGUUGACUUUUUGCACUUCUGUAUAUAGUCAAAAAAGAGAGAAACCUGUAUAAUAGUAAGAUCUUAUUUUGAAUAAAAAUGUCUAUAAUUACAAGGAGUUUUGUUAAGGUGAAUAAAAUGACAGGCUGAACAAAAUUGCUUGCAAAAGUGGCACAGAGUUAGCACUCCAUACCCCUUCAAAAAAGUUGCUUUGCUUUAUGUGGACAGCUUGUAGUUUGCCAGGAUUUUUUCAGCUGGAAAGAUAUGCCAUCCUUCCUAGACCUCAUGACUGACAAAAGCUCCACUGGUUCAAAUCUGCCUGAAAAUCAUUACUUUAAAAAAAAUUAAAAAGCAGGUACUUCAAACCAUCAAGGUGAAAUCAUGGAUUAAAUAUUCCGUACAUUAUUCAAAAUCUACUGCAUGUUUAAAGUAUCAAAAACAACAAAAAAACAACAAAAAACAAAAACAACAAAAAAACAAUCAACAAAUAUAAUAAGGAUAUAUGCUAUUCAAAACAGUUUCUGACAAUUUCAGUGGUUUAUUGUUCACAAAACAAAAUCUUCAAAACAAUAUUGACUUUCACAAAAAAUUAAAUCAUGAACAGGCAAACCAAACAGCACAUUGUAGCUGUAGUUAUGUGAUUAUUUUUUUAUUGUAAUGGUCCUGUUCUUUUAGCAGGUGAAAAACAAAAACCUAUUAAAUGUUGCUAUUUGAAUGAGAAGCACCCAAGAAACCAUGUAAUUCGAUAAGCCAAAGUUGGAAAGAAAAAUGAUUAGGCCAUUAUUUUUAUCUGGAAUAUUCAGUUUUCACACUGAUUAAUUAAUACUGUUGCACUUACUUGCAACCCUGCAAAUUUCAUCUGCUGAAAGGACAGAUGUGCUUGGUUUUACUAUUAUGUAAUCACAGACUUACUUUUUGCUUGUAGUUGCUGCAAAUUAUGUACUCUGUCCGGGGCUGCAAUUUGUUUCCAUGCUUAUUUUAUUAUUACUGCUAUAGUUGACCUUGCUGUAUGGAAAAAUAAAGUGAAAUUGCCCUAAUAAAA